CCAGGGACAGACUCUGUUUUGUGGGGCCUGAAAUUUAUACAACAUGGGAAGGGGACCCUUUGAGAAAAAGAAUACAAAUUAUAAAUAUAAAUUUUUAGAGGCCCUCCCAGUGCCUUGAAAGGACUCACCACAGUAAGGGACCAUAAGCUCAACUUGUAUCAACUCCAUAUUGUCAAAUAUUUUCCUUGAAAUAUUGUAUUAAUUUUUAAAUCCAACAUUAAGCUAUAAGAACACCUCAUUCCUGAAUAAUGCAUUUUGUGAUUUAAUUACAUUAGCUAGCAUAACUUGGAUACCUUUAAUAUGGAUGAUUUGCUUUAGUGUGCAUUUCUCUCCUUAUUUUAAAGACCACAACCCACUAUCUCUUGCUACAUAACAAAUUAUCCCAAAACUUAGUGGCUCAAAAUAAGCAUUUUAUUAUAUUUUACAAUUUGAUAGCUGAAAGAUUUAGGUGUAGGGAUCAGCUGAGUGGUUUUCUGCUCAUCAUGGUAUGAACUAUAGUUCUUGGCUUGCAGAUGAGCUGGUCUGGAGGGUUCAAGGUGGCUUCACAUUCAUGCUUGGCACCUUGUAGGGGCUGACUAGGAGUUGGGGCCCAGCUGGAACUGUCGACAAGAGUAUGCACAUGUAUAUCUCCAGCAAGGUGGCCUCGGGGCAGCUGGAUUCCUCACAUGGCAGCUAGUUUCACCCAGAGUGGAAAAAUGAUAACCAAUAAAAGAUCCCAGUUUUGCUUAGGAGGAAUCUCACGAAGUAAGUCUGAAGGAAGUUUGUUUGACAUGGAAGCUCAAAAAUCCUCAAGAAAUUUCCAUGUUACAGAAUCUACAGACCCAGGAUUUCUUCUCCAUUGGCCGGAUCCUUUCACAUGUCAGGGCAAUAAGGCUUCCGAGGUUACAAAUCCCUUCUGGAAUGAACUGUCUGCUUCUAACCCGUUUUUGGAUGACAUAACUCAGCUAAGAAAAAACCAGAAGAGAGAGAAUAUUUCCAUCCUGAAGGAAGAUCCUUUUCUUUUUUUUAGAGAAACAGAAACUGGAAAUUCUUUUGAUUCCUCUGGUGAUGAACUAGAUGUGCAUCAGUUACUCAGGCAGUCUUCCUCACGGACAUCUGCAAGAUCUAAAAGUGUUUCAGAACUUUUGGACAUUUUAGAUGACACAGCACAUGCCCAUCAGAAUAUACAUAACUCUGGCCAGAUACUAGAACAAGACUUAGAAUGGCUUCAGAAUGAUAGAGAGGCUUAUAAAAUGGCUUGGUUAAGUCGACGCCAGCUGGCCCGUUCCUGCCUGGAUUUGAAUAUAAUUAAUCAGAGUCCGGGAUGGGCCCAAACACAAGUAGCAGAGACGGUGAUAGUUUGCAAAGUAAGCCACCAAGGAGGGUCAGUACAAUUACCUGAAUCAGGUAUCACUGUUCAUGUGCCCCAAGGCCAUGUAGCCGUGGGAGAAUUCCAAGAGGUGUCUCUAAGGGCAUUUCUUGAACCUCCACAAAUGCUUAACCAUAAUCUUUCCUGCACUGUAAGCCCACUGUUGGAAAUCACAUUAGGCAACCUAAAUACAAUGGAAGCCGUUUUGCUGGAGAUGAAAAUAGGGGCUGAAGUGAGAAAGGAUCCUUUCAGCCAAGUCAUGACAGAAAUGGUGUGUUUACACAGCCCUGGUAAAGAAGGCCCUUUCAAAGUGUUAAACAACUGCUAUAUUUAUAAAGACAUCAUCCAAGUCAAGCUAAUAGACUUGAGCCAGGUGACAUACCUCGUGGUUGCUGCACAAAUUAAAGCAAUUCAAUCACCAGCUGCCACCAUUUGGGAUUGUAUCCACAAAACCACCUCCAUUGGAAUUUAUGGGCCCAGAUAUAUUCAUCCCAGCUUCACUGUUAUUUUCACAGUUUGUGGACAUUGUUACAUGCCAGGAAAGCUUACAAUCUCUGAUAUGAAGAAGGGUGCAAAAACCACAUCUCCAGUUGUGUUUCAGCUCUGGGGGAAGCAUUCGUUCUUACUUGACAAGCCACAAGAUUUAAGUAUUUCUGUUUUUUCAUGUGAUCCUGAUUUUGAAGUAAAGGCAGAAAGAGAAAGGAAAGAAAUUAAACAAAAGCAGUUGCUAGCAGGCGAAGUAGUUCAUCAGCAGUUUUUAUUUUCCUUAGCUGACUCCAGAGAAAUGCACAUAUUUGUUUUCCGUGUUCAGGUGGAGCCUCCCAAUGGUAGAGCAGUUACACAGUUCUUUGUCACUACACCUGACCCAGCUCCCAACCUUAAAAGGCUCUCAAAUCAGUUAGGCGAUUUGCAGGAAGAGAAGAAAAUCAAGUCUGCUCCAUUAUUGCCAGCAGUGUGUGUGAAAUACCCCACAUUUCAAGAUAAAAAAAUGAACUUUACCAACUAUGGGAUAACUGUGAAGACAGUGCUAAGACAAAAAAAGAUUGACUACUUACUUGAGUAUUUCAAAGGGGACACAGUAGCUCUUAUUGGAGAGGGUAAGGUAAAAGCCAUUGGGCAGUCCAAAGUGAAAGAAUGGUAUGUGGGAGUCCUGAGAGGUAAGGUUGGGCUUGUACACUGCAAAAAUGUCAAGGUGAUUGAAAAAGAACAAGUAAUAUCUAUGUCCAAUAAUGUUUUCACAACCAGAAAUCUUCUCGAACAAAUUACCCUACCCUUUAAAAAACUGACUUACAUCUACUCUGUUGUAUUGACUUUGGUGUCAGAAAAAGUUUAUGAUUGGAAAGUUUUAGCUGAAGUCUUGGGUUACUCACAUCUGGCACUAGAAGGCUUUGACCAAACACAAGCUGACAAAGAAUCAGAAAAAGUUUCCUAUAUUGUAAAGAAGUUAAAGGAAGAUUGCCAUGCAGAUAAAAAUACCAGGAAGUUUCUUUAUGAACUUAUUGUGGCUCUGUUGAAGAUGGAUUGCCAAGGGUUAGUAGCACAUCUCAUCCAAGAGGCUGCUAUUCUGACUUCAGCUGUCAAGCUUGGAAAAAGCUGGAGGGAACUAGCUGAAAAGUUAGUACAACUCACAAAGCAACAGAUGGAAGCAUAUGAAAUUCCUCACCGAGGAAAAGCUGGAGAUGUUGUUGCUGAGAUGAUGUGGAAACCUGCCUAUGAUUUUCUCUAUACUUGGGGUGCUCACUAUGGAAGCAGCUACAGAGACGUGUUACAAGAUCUUCAAUCAGCUUUGGACAGAAUGAAAAAUCCUGUGACCAAACAGUGGCGAGACUUAACUGGAGCUUUAAUACUAAUACAUUCCUUAGAGUUUUUGAGAGCAACUGCAUUCUCAACUUCUGACGAAGUAUAAAAAUGAAGGAUUUCACACUGCUUCAGACUGCUCUUCAAAACAACUAAGAAAGUUCAGCUAAAGCAAACACAGCAGCCCUAUGUUAAGACUGUAGCUUUUUGCAGGCUAUCAGGAACUGGUGUCAGAAAACCCGUUUCAAACUGGCUUAAGCACAAAGAAUUUAUUGUCCCCCACAUCUGAAAACAAUAGGGUAGUUUCAAGCAUUACUGGAUUUGGGGCUUGAAGGAUGGGAUCAAAUUGCUUCUUUCUCCCACCUCUCUGCCUUUGAUUACAUCGAUUUCAUUCGUGGGCUCCACGAAAGCAGGCUAGCCGCUCCGGGCUGUCCUCUCAGGGUUCAAGUUGGCUGCAGAACCUCCAGCCAAACAUUUCCCGUGUUCCAGAUUCAGGCUGUUUCAGCUUUGUCAGCUUGGCUAAACCAAACUGUGUUUCCCAGAGUUCUCACUGAAUAUUUCCAGUUAAGGUUGGCCUGAAGUGAAAUCUGGGAACUAUCUAGGUCACAGUAGAGCACACGGUGACUCUUGCAGGAGGAUUUGGUUCAGGGCCCCCAGCAGACCCUGACUCCAUAAGUUGGAGGGGUGCAGGUCGGUGGGUAGCUGCCUGGCCUGCAGCUCUGGUUUCCCUCAGUUGUCUUUCUUUCCCAUCGGCAAAUCCUGGCCAGGGGUGCAUGCCAGUCGACAGCGAGAGAACCACUUAUGUGGGUUACACUCAGCAGUGAGGCUGCAGAUUUGGAGUCAGUGAGAAAGAAGCAUAGGUGCCAGUGACCGACAAAAGGAUCUAGUUGUGUCUGCUGUUCCCUGGUCCGUGUCCGUCUUUUUCUUCCGGCCUGACCUAUGAUUUCAGGCUCAGCACCAGGACAGAAGAAAGGAGCCAAACAAGACUGUGACCAGCUCUCACAAAUGUGGAAGAUCAGAUAAUCACAAUAAACCCUCAGGGCCCAUCAUUGAUGAUGGCUCUGCUUUUCUGAGCAAGCACUGAGCAAUAAGGACAAAAGAGUAUCUCCCGCUCACCUUCCAAGAAUGGCCCCUCUGAUUGGACCAAUUUAGAUGGUUCUCAUCUCUCAAAAAUCAUGGAGAGCUAUAAUCAAUGGUCCUCUGAUUGUCCAGAACUGGUCGCAGGCUCCUCUUUUGACAACGCAACCAGAGCGCCAGGUUUGGGAGUCACUGAUCACUAGGU